AUGACACCCCUUGCUUUCUUCCUCCAAACUUCGAUGCUGUCUACCGAUACGGAAGGUGAACAAGACGAUAAAGAUAAGCCUAAAGUCACGAUCACGACGGUCCACGCUGCCAAAGGAUUGGAAUGGCCGGUCGUGUUUAUACCUGCUGUCGAACAAGGUACCUACCCUUCGUAUCGAUGUACCGAAGCACAUGAAAUAGCAGAAGAAAGGAGACUACUCUACGUCGCUAUGACAAGGGCGCAGAACUUCUUGACAAUGUCAUAUUGCCAAUUCCGAAUGAUGGGUGGAGAGGAGAAUGACAAGGAAGCUAGCGAGUUUGUGGGAAUGGUAAAUAGGCAUCAACCAGGCAUGCUAUCUACCAAUCUGCCUGACAUUGAUCUUGCUGUAAGGAGGUACACAUCUACAAUGCUAGGUAGACCACAUCCGGAUGAAGAUGGAGCCAAGGAGAUGAUAAUGAGGCAUGUUCGAGCUGCGCCACCUCUGAGUACAUGGGAUGCACCUGAACCACGAGAUAAAUGGUCCAACAGAUUCGCAAGGAGGGAAGUUACAAAAGCUACUCGAGCAGCGGAAUAUUGGGCUUCAGAAUCAGAUGAAUACGCUUUACCCGGUAAUGCCAAAAGUGAUGGGAAUGGGGAAAAUCCAUAUGCAGCUUCAAUGGUAUCAGGUUUCACUUCAGCUAGAAUGGGUUUAAACUCAAAGUCAAAACAACCCUCAAAAUCGAAUUCCACCAGAAAUGAAAAACCGAUUAAAGAAGUGAUCAAAAUCAAAUCUGCCAAUAAAAACAUACCUGAUUUAUUACCAUUUACAUUUGGACAACCUGAUCCCAUCAGAUCAGAUGCCGAUUUAGGUUCUUUUCAAAAAGGUGGUAAUGCCGCUUUAGCUUUUAUGGCUACUCUAGGUUUACCGCCUGAUUCUGCUCCUUCUCCUUCAUCUUCGUCCGCUGGUGGGACCGCAAUCGGAAUUGGAAGUAGAGGCCAUAAAGGAUCAAGUCCAUUCAUGGGAAAUGGAAACGGAACUGGAAAUGGGAAUGGAAAUAACAGUAGUCCGAUUUUAGGAAAUAGUCCUUCUCUACUUCCAAGUAGAUUACCAAUUGUCCCAGGAUCAGGAUCAGGUUCUAACCUUUCAAGCUCUUCGAGAGAAAGAGGAGCAGGAAGUAUAGCUUUAGGUGGUAACUCCACUAAUUCAAAUGGAUUGAACAGAGGUACCAAACGAUUGGGUAUGGGUAGACCAGCACCGUGGGGAGCUAAGAGACCUAGAGAAGGAUAA